UCGCCCUUCCGGAAAGGGAGAAGAAGCCAGUGAUGCUCGUCCACUGUAGUUGGUAGUUCAUGAUCUACUGAUGCUUGUGGGCCGUAAUGUUUGACACACAGGAGCCGCCCGCCCGCCCCACUCCUAAAGUCGAAGCGUAGAUUGAUCGUCUCGAGGCUGUUAAGGUUUCUGGGCCUGUGUUUGUGUGGUGAGUUGCGGAAGUAAUUGCAGGUGUGUGGGUGGUAGUUUGUUGGCGGUGUAGCUGCUUGACAGUUGAGAAGGGGCUGUACCUGGUUUGGCAAGGUCGUUUGCUCACCAUGGCCAUGCUGGGCGCCUCAACGCCUGUGGUGGGGGAAUUGGUGACCUUCUCGGCGCUGACGAAUGUGCACUCUGGGGCAGCAACGAAGACUGGCAUCUCUUUGGCUCCGAGAAGCCUUCAGAUACGUGAGGUUGGAUGCAGGAACUUUUUGAGGAGGCGCGCCAAGUUUUCCAAUCGGACUCAAUUUAAAGGCUUGGUUACGGUUAGAAGUGCACUUGUGGAACCAGAAUUGUUGACACAAGUCAGCAAGGACCGGAGUGCUUUGAGGAAAUUACAGCAGCUUGUGGAGAAUGUCUCAAGUUCUGGGGAGGGCCGUGUUCGAAUCCAACGUGUUUUGGAUCGCGCCAAGAUGAUGCCUCGGUUGCCUACAAAUGCAAAAGUUUCUGAGAAUCGAGUGAUGGGUUGCACGUCACAGGUGUGGCUUACAGUGGAACUGUCGAACGACGGGAGGGUUCACUUCGAAGUGGACAGCGAUUCGGAGGUUACUCGUGGACUUUGUUCAAUAUUGCUGGAUGGACUCAAUGGGGCAACAGCUCAAGAGUUGCUUACUGUGCCAGCUAGUGUCCUGAAAGGUUUGAGGGUUGGGGUGGAAACUCAAUCGCGUGCCAAUACCUGGUCCAACGUACUUCUUACGCUGCAGAAACGCACGAGUAUGUUGAUUGCGAAGAAAGCUGGUCUGUCGAUUGUUGAGCCAUUUCCUUCCCUUCUUAUCACAGCUGAUGAUAUUGUUGCACGAGGAGAUUUUGCAAAAGCGCAGGCGAGAUACCUUUCACCUGACAAAGCCAAAGUUGAAGAGCUAGCAAGAUUAUUAGAGGAGAAGAAGAUUGGAGUUGUUGCCCAUUUUUACAUGGAUCCGGAAGUGCAAGGAGUUCUGGUGGCAGCUCAAAAGCUAUGGCCACACAUAUUCAUAUCAGAUUCAUUAGUGAUGGCAGACCGUGCAGUCCAAAUGGCGAAUGAAGGGUGCAAGCACGUGGCAGUGUUGGGUGUAGAUUUCAUGUCCGAGAAUGUUCGUGCAAUCCUUGACCGUGCUGGGCAUGAAGAGGUUAGUGUGUACCGUAUGUCUGCAGACCACAUUGGGUGUUCAUUGGCGGAGGCAGCCGAGAGCGAUUCGUAUAUCAAGUUUUUGGAAGAAGCAUCUAAAACGCCAAAGUCGAUGCAUGUUAUCUACAUAAACACGUCUCUUGAAACGAAAGCUCAGGCUCACUCACGAGUGCCAACCAUAACCUGCACAUCCUCCAAUGUCGUGCAAACAGUUUUGCAGGGUUUCGCUCAGGUGCCAGAUUUGACAGUUUGGUACGGCCCAGAUUCGUACAUGGGAGGAAACCUGGUUGAAAUGUUUCAACAAAUGCUUGCCCUCAGUGAUGAGGAAAUAGCUGCCAUUCAUCCAUCACACACAAGAGGAACUAUUGCAGCACUUCUGCCUCGCCUGAAGUAUUUCAAGGAGGGGACAUGUAUAGUGCAUGAUAUGUUUGGAAAAGAGGUAGUCGGCCGAGUGCGACAAGGUUAUGGAGAUGCUUUCCAUACAGCUCAUUUUGAGGUUCCCGGGGAGAUGUUUGCACUUGCCAUGGAAGCAAAGCAAAGGGGUAUGGGAGUAGUAGGAUCAACGUCAAACAUCUUGGACUUCAUCAAGGAACAAGUCUCGCAGGCUCUGCAGCGAGGUUUCGAGGACAGGCUUCAAUUUGUAUUGGGAACAGAAUCAGGGAUGGUGACAUCAAUUGUGGGAGCAGUUCGUAAGUUGUUAGCAGACCAUCAGGAACUUCAUGGAGGCAGCAAAGUGGAGGUGGAGAUUGUAUUUCCAGUGUCAUCAGAGGCUAUAAGUGAAACAUCAUCUUCAAAUACUAACGGCGCCUACGACUCAACCCUGGCGAAGCUGUCAGUUGUUCCAGGAGUGGGUUCUGGAGAGGGCUGUUCAAUAAGUGGUGGCUGUGCAUCAUGUCAUUACAUGAAGAUGAACUCUUUGGAUUCUUUGCUACAAGUUUGCCAACUGAUUGAGACUCCAGGGGAACUUCUCCUCACAGCUCACCAUGCACGCACAUAUACAACUUUGAUAGAUGGGCAGACUCUUGGUGACCUUGGAUGUGAGCCUAUCCUUCACAUGCGCCAUUUCCAGGCUACUGGAGCCCUUCCUGAGGCAUUGGUGCAACACAUCUGCAGAUGAUAGUAUUGAAGAAUGAUGGCUGGAUAUUUGAGGUUUGAGCGAUUAAUUAGGUUUAGUUGAAUACCCAUUUCAACUUUGUAGAUUGUUUGAGCGCAAGAAGCUCCUCUGUACAGUAUAUUUGAAAGUAAUUUUACUUGAUAACCUCCAUAAUUCUGGAUGCUCACAUUAAAUCUGC